CCAGCUCCCUUCUCCACCCGCUAACCAGCAAGUGCUGAGCUGAAACCCGCGCUUGGGAUAAUGGCACCCAGUGCUCUCUCCCUGGAAAUCCUAACGCCCAAAGAGAAGAACAGACUCAGGAAACCCAUCGUAGAGAAACUGCGUCGCGAUCGGAUUAACAGCAGCAUUGAGCAGCUGAAACUGCUCCUGGAGAAGGAGUUUCAGAGACACCAGCCCAACUCCAAGCUGGAGAAAGCCGACAUCCUGGAGAUGACCGUCAGCUACCUGAAAUACAGCCGAGCUUUUGCAGCAUCUGCCAAAAGCCUACAGCAGGAUUAUUGCGAAGGGUACGCCUGGUGCCUCAAAGAAGCUCUGCAAUUCCUGUCCCUCCACGCAGCGAACGCAGAAACCCGGAUGAAGCUGAUCUGCCAUUUCCAGAGGUCACAAGCAGCGCCUAAGGACUCUGGUUCUUCGUCUGCACCCGCUUCCACCCACCAGCCCCCUGCAAAACAAGCAGCACUGAAACCCUCCUGCAGCCUCUGGAGGCCUUGGUAGGCCAAGAGUACGCCUACGUGCUUCCUGGACGUUUGCUCGUGUUCCAGAGGAGACCGUGACUUGCUGUACAAGUCCCCCCGGCUCCUCUCGUGAGUAGGGAAGAAUGUUUUCCCUUUGCAGAGCGUUACUAUGCUUGGAUGUCUGCUUCCCUUCUUCCAGAAGGACUGAAACGAUCCCACCACGUGGAGAGAGAGUUAUUCUACAAGAAUGCGAGAUGUAAUCCUCCUGCUAGGAGGACUGAGAGGAGUUGUUCAGAGAGGAACACCGACUGUUCUUAACCUUAGUGAGGUUGUACGUGUACAUCCGUUGGGAAAGCAGUGACUGCUAAGAUGCUCAGGCUAGCAUUUUCAAAAGUGUCCGUUCAGGAGGAGCCCUUUCCUCUGACCUGCCCCACUUGAGACCCCCGAGUGUCCCAAGCCAUCCACAGCCAAACUGCCCGGCUGCAGCUGGAGGGGGGCCCGGGGUGUCUCAAGCAGAGCAGCUAGUCUAACUGGACACGUUUGAAAAAUCUAGUUUUCCUAGGGGUGCCAUAAUGGGUUCUAUAAUAUUUGUAGACUGUACUGAGCACGCUCUGAAAAUGGUUAAACCAUAACUCAAACUACGUAGAGGAAAUUCCUCAGGAUGUCUUGCUCACAAAAUCAGAGUACUGUUUGUGAGGUUCAGGAUAUGUAUGCCUUUUAUAAAGGCAAAAGCUCAAUUUUUUUUAUCCUUAUAGGAAAGUAAGUUACAGCUGUGUUGUCGAUUUUGCAAGAAAUAUUUAUCAAAGUCUUUCAUGAAAGGCAGGUGUACAAAUUAUAUUUACUUUUUGGUACCCUACCACCCGGGGAGAAUGUAAAUUCAUUACUGUCCUUGGAGGAUGCUAUGACAUGUUACGUGUGAGCUGCACCAAUUGUAUAAGCUGUGCCAGAAAUGAUCUUGAACUUCAGAAGCUGCAGAAACUUUUAACUGUGCAAAAAUAAAUAAAAUUCUAGUUAAUAAA